AAAGGUCACCAAAACGGAGUCCAGCUCACAAUGGGUAGAACCGACUUCCUUCCCCAAAAAUACCGUAUUAGUCAAUUAAAUUUCCCCAUCUCCAGCCCCUUCUUCCCCUAACGGAGUCGUUUCAUUCUAGGGUUUCAACCGAUUCGCUUCUCCACCAUGGCAAGAGAGAACACAAGUUGCACCGUCUACAUAGGUAAUUUGGAUGAGAAAGUUAGUGAUAGAGUGUUAUACGAUAUAUUAAUUCAAGCAGGGCGUGUAGUGGAAUUGCACAUUCCUCGCGAUAAGGAAACUGAUAAACCUAAAGGUUUUGCUUUCGCUGAAUAUGAAUCUGAAGUAAUUGCUGAUUACGCUGUUAAGCUGUUCUCGGGCCUUGUCGUUCUCUACAAUCGCACUUUAAAAUUCGGGAUUUCUGGACAAGACAAGGCCUCAAAUAAUGGUGCCAAUAAUGGAACCAUGCAUGCGCCAAACUCAUCUAACAAAUCACGGCCUUACCCUGUGCCAUUGAACAGUGUAGAUAACAAUAAUCGUUCUACGAGGUUGUCUGCAUCCUGUAGGGUUUCAGCUUACCCAUAUAACUAUUCCCAAGUUUCAGUUUCCCCCGGUGUAAACCACCAUCAUAAUGGAUACAUUUCACAAUUCAGUGUCUCCAAUUAUGAUAAUGAUCGAAGAGUUUUUGGAUCCCAUUAUGAUAAUAAUAAUAGCCGUUUUAGGUCCGGUCUCUAUGAUUCCAGUAAUUCUAUGUCAUACUCCCCUUACUGAUAGCUUAAGUUAUUUUGAGAGAGUAAAUUCAGUUGUGAACAUGGAUUAUGGCUUGAUGUAGGACAGCUGCAUUCUUGCAUCUUUUUUAAUCAGUGAGUCAGGUAACUUAAGUAGUUCAGAUGUGAAUGUAUGUGCAAUUUUAGUUGAGGAGUAAGUAUUAGUAACUGUUUGGCUAUUUUGUUAGAGUAAGAGCUACAGUUCUCUAUUGUAGCGUAGUCAUUCUCUAAUCUCUAUUUGUCAAAGCUUUUGAACUUAAAUAGCUUGAACUAAAUUCUUAAUUAUAAAAUUCCUACAGAUACCUUCUAUUCAA